CUUCCGCUUCUGGGCUGGAUUGACACACAAUGAGGAGCAGAGGCUGGGGAGACGCUCCACAAACGCCGCUGUAAAUAAAUACAACAAUCACUGAGGCCGGAGAAACAUGGAGAACCAGUGCACAGUGCAGGUGAAGCUGGAGUUGGGCCACAGAGCCCAGCUAAGGAAGAAAGUGACAUCAGAAGGUUUCACCCACGACUGGAUGGUGUUUGUCCGAGGGCCAGAGACUGGCGACAUCCAGCACUUUGUAGAGAAGGUCGUCUUCCGCCUGCAUGAGAGCUUCCCCAAACCCAAGAGAGUAUGCAAGGAGCCUCCGUACAAAGUGGAGGAGUCGGGCUACGCAGGCUUCCUCAUGCCUAUUGAGGUUUACUUCAAGAACAAGGAGGAGCCAAAAAAGGUGUGUUUCAACUACGACCUCUUCCUUAACUUGGAGGGCAACCCCCCGGUCAACCACCUGCGCUGUGAGAAGCUCACCUUCAACAACCCCACCAAAGAAUUCAGGAGAAAGCUGAUCAAAGCUGGAGGGGUAUUGGUGGUUCCAGAGGGAGCUGAAGCUGUGUCCAGACCCAGUCCAGAUUACCCGAUGCUCCCCACUAUCCCCCUCUCUGCCUUUUCAGACCCCAAGAAGACCAAGACCUCUCACGUGUCAAAGGAACCCAGCAAAGAAGGAAGCGGUGGCAGCAGCAAAGGACCCAAACCGCACAAGCUGACCAAGGAGCAUCGUGAACGGCCCCGAAAAGACUCUGAGAGCAAAACCACGUCGAAAGGAGACAAUGACAGAGAUGGAAGCAGCAAAAGUGGCCGCGAUCCUUCCUCUUCCUCAUCCUCGUCUUCAAAAAAGCCGGCAGAGAUCAAAGUGAAAGAUGAAGUAAAGGUCUUACCCAAGGCUGCAUUCAAGGAGCCUAAACUCACCCUGAAGGAGUCAAAGAUGGAGGGCAUGUCCCCUAAAGGGGGGGGGGCUGGGAGCGGAGGGGGUGGUGGGGGAGGAGGCGGGGGAGGGCCUGCAGAGUCCAAAGCUCCAGGGAAAAGGCCCUCCACUGUGGAGUCUCCCAAACCCAGCGCAAAGAAGCAGAAGAAGGGCAGCUCUGAGGGGCCGAAGGGGCCGGUGAGUGGCGCCUUCACAGGAACUUCUCCUCGUGUCUCAUCCUCUUCUGCUGCUAGCCAGCCCUACGCUGAGAAGAAGCCUCCCAAGGAAAAAGGUCGCUGGGCGAAAAGCAAAAACGACACACAGGAGCUGAAGGAGCCUAAGAAACUUCCAGAGUCGGAAGAGUCGAAUUCAGAGGACGAAGCAUCUUCAAAGUCAGAGCAGUCGGCACCUUCCAGUCCUUCCAACUCCAGUUCCAGUUCUGACUCCAGUUCAGACUCAGACUUCGAGCCGGGACAGAAACAAGGGCAAGGCCCCCUACGGUCUAUGGUGGAGGAGAUCCAGUCAGAAGAGUCAGAUGAUGACGACAGCAGCUCAGAGGAGGAGACCCCCAUCAAGACCAACCCCCCCAACCGCGACUCUCGACUCAGCCUGGACAGUGAGAGUGACAGCAGUGACGGCUCGCACCGCCCAAGUCGAGACCCUGCGCCGCCCCCACAGAAACACAGCUCCUCCAAUAACAAACUGUCGGGCAGAAAGAGUCCAGAUUCCUCGUUUCGCUCGGAGAAGGUGUUGAAGAAGGGAUACGACAAGGUAGGAAGGGCCUACACAGAAGAACUGGUGGACCUCCAUCGCAGACUGAUGGCUUUAAGAGAGCGUAAUGUCCUACAGCAGAUUGUCAACCUGAUUGAGGAGACGGGCCACUUCAACGUGACCAACACCACCUUUGACUUUGACCUCUUUUCACUGGACGAGUCCACUGUCCGCAAACUACAGAGCUACCUGGAGGCGACGGCCACGUGACAGGAAGUGGAAAUCAGCGUGUGGAUGGCUGCAGCGGCGGAGGUAGAUUCGUCACUGCUUCUCCUCUUUAAGGAGGUGACAAGCAGCUACAUCUGUCGCAGCUGUUUCGCAGCCCUGACUGAACCAUCGAACAACUACCACACAAACAGAAACACAUGAACAAACACAAGCACACAUGAAGACACACCACCUUCACGUGACGCUGGGGAGGGAGGGAAGAGGAGGAGGAGGAGGAGGAUCGGGAUGUGUGGAAGGGAGCACUGGGGGAGCUGAUCUCCGUCUAAAGUCAGGAUUUUCACUACACAUCUCUUUUUUUGAGUCUGUGCAGAGCUGUGGAAUGCACCCCCCCACCCCACCCCUUUCACCCUCCUGCAAUCAUAUUGCUCCCGCCUUUGAGAACCCAAUACUUCCCCUCCUCCUCUUCCUCCUCCUCCUCCUCCUCCUCCUCCUUCACACGCACACUCCUUACUCGGCAGAACACUCCAGUUCCCUUCCCCCUGCUGUCAGCUGGAGCUCAUUUCUCUCCCGACAUACUCUCAAGUCGUGUGUGUGUGUGUGUGUGUGUGUGUGCGUGUGUGUGCGUGUGUGUGCGUGUGUGUGCGUGUGUGUGCGUGUGUGCGCGUGUGUGCGCGUGUGCAUGCGAGCACUGCUGAGGUUUAAGAGGAGAUGUUGUCUUUGUGGUUACUGACUUCUCUUUGUUCGUGACGCUUGAGCACAAACAACAGCCGGUUUCCUUCCUUCACCUAAACACAUACACGCCAAACAAAUAUACAUUCAGGUAACACUUUAGUUUAACCCCCCCCACCCCCCCCCCCCCCCCCCCCCCCCCCCCCACUUAGCAUUUACAAGGCACUAUAUUAGCAUUAAAUAAAUAUUUUAUAACACAGUGCAAUGUACUUGUAAGUAUGUGUAAGUGUUUAUUAAUGUACAAAAUUGGCCCGAAUAUAAGACUAACCCGAUAAUGUUUUUGGAAGAAGACACUUUUACACUAGUCCAGUUAGGGAAGAGAGUCCUCACCAUCGAAGCUUUUUCUGUGGAAAAAGUGAAACACAAAAUGAUGCCAUUAAAGCUGAACGUCAGUUACAUACUUACUUUCUUGUGUCAGGGUCUUGUAAGCGGCCAAAAUUAUUGUCUCUGAGCUGCUGUGACAGUGGUAAUUUUUGGCUGCUGGACAGAUUUUCUUCUUGGUUAAUUUCUGCAGGAAAGACUAGUUCUCACUCGUGAUGAAUUUACUUCUUCACAGUAAAACACAGCCUCCAGAAACUGCUGACUGACUCUUAACAGACACGAUAAACAGACUUGAAGACGCUCGUUGUUCUAGCAACAUUAAGGCAGUAAACAACCCAUAAUUCAUCACUCUGUAGGAGCUGGUGUUACAGCGGUACUCAGUUCAAAAAGAAUAUCUAAUGUUAUGAGCACAUGAUUCUCUUGUUCUGGUGGGACAAACACCACCUUUCAAACUAUUUUAAGAAAAAAUAUUGUCUUAUAUUUGGGUGAACAUGGUAUUUGUCAACAACUGUCUCCUUGUGUGAGCACCCAUAAGAAACAGUUAAUGAAUACAACACAGCUGUACAGGUGUAAACUCAGACAUAUUAAAUUAACAAUAAUGUAAUACUGAUUAUAAUGGUCAAAUCUUCACAUUAGGGAAUCUGGAAGCAUGAAUUUGACUGAGAUGGAUAAUCCACACAGUCGCAGAUCAACUAAUGGUUGAGGCUUUAGUAGUAAUAUAAAAUAAAUUGUAACUGCUGACAGAUAAUGUACAUUAAUAAAUACUUGAAAACGUCCCUGAAGCUGCUAACAACUACAUCAAAGUGUGUUUAUUAUAUAUUUAGUGCUUUCAACGCUACAUGGGGGGGUUAAAGGAAAGUGGUGGCCAGAUUCAUGCACAUGUUUGUCUCCCAGGUCCUUAUAUUUAACACUGUACAUGAAGACACUGAGACGUGUGCUGUGUGUUUGUGUGUGUGACUGUUUCGGAUGAGGUUUCUCUGUUGUCUGAACAUCUGAAAACAUAUGUUCUGUUGAGUUUCCCCCUGUACUUCCUCGCACUGAAAGCUGAGCCUUGACCUCCUACCAACAGCCCCUCCACCCCCACCCCUUCCCACUGAAGCCCCCUCACUCCAUCCCUCCUCUUCACCACUCUCCUCCUCCCCCCUGUUAUUCCCAUAUUGGCGUGCAUGAAAGGGCUCGACUGCUCGCGGCCAGAGCAGUAGAGGAUCCCUCCUGAAUUGCCUUCUAAGUGGUGGGUAGGGUGGGGGGGUUAAAAAAAAAAAAAAAAAAAGCCGUGAAAAAGUAGCCAUACUUGUCUCCCAGAAUCCAAAAAUAAGAAAAAUAAAAUAGGGGCCACGCUUUUUUACAUUUUAUUUUUCUACAAGUGCAUUUUGUGUAUUUAUUCCCAGACUGCGGUUAAGAUAACCUGUGAGCUAUGAAUGUAUAUCGCUUUUACUUUUCUACGGCUAGCAACAGCCACACUCUAGUGCCUUUUUCUGCGACUUGCAGUGUGAGGGGGGGUGUGCGCUCUGUUAGCCAUGGUCACACAGAUUGAACCCCCCUCCCUCAAAAAAAAAAAAAAUACCCCCCUCGGGGAAACAAGUGUUAAGUGGGAUGCCUGAAUAUCCAGUAUUGUCUUAAUGGCUUUCAUCCCUGAUUCUCCUUUUCCAGUGUCUUUGUUGGCUGUUGUCCUUUUUAUCAGUGAUAUUUCUGUUAAUCAAGCCUGCUAGAAAUUUCAAGACAGCUAUUUUUCAUUGAUGGUGGUCAUGUUCUUAUGUUUUUGCUUUCUGAGAUUAGAGUCGGUGUUCUUAAGAGGAAGCGUCAGGUGACUGUGGUAGUUACUUACAUUAAUUAGCCCUAGUAACAGUUGCUUUCAGCUGUAUUGUGUGUUUUGUGAGACAGUCGUCAUUGAAUAGGGUCGGGGUUCCCUCUUCAAGAGGUUUGAAGUAUUUGAACCAACAGUGGAGCGUUUGAUACCAAGUUAGCAGCACUUGAGCAGCAUCAACAAAGGACAUGUAGGCAGAAAUAUAAGCUAAACAAAGCACUCCUUGUGUUUUCUUUCCCUAAAUAUUUAUAAUGUCUUUCUCAGGGGCUUGCAUCAUGAAGCAAGAUUACCAGGUUAGAUCAGGCUGACCAGUCUCAUAAUGCUGGAUCCCUUUAACCAUGUUACAUCACGAAAUCCAGAGAGAAGCAUCAGUCCGAGGUGACGACUUCAAAUUUGUAUCAUGCGACCAACCGCCUAAAAAGCAAAGAUAUUCAGUUUACAAAGAAGCUGAAUUUUUAUUGCUUGAAAAAUUGCAAACGAUUGUUAGGUUAUUAUUACUAUUAUGAUUAAUAUAAAACAGCGAAGCGUAACUAUAUUAUAAUUCCCACUUUUGCAUAUUAACUUCAUCAUUUGAUUAUUGUUAUUAUUUUCUACUAUUUAUAUUAAUAUAAUAUAAUUGCCUACUUAUCUUCUGUAUCUUUUUAAAUCUGAAUAUCACCUUUUACACUCAAACAACCUGAUUUCCCCACAGGGAUCAAAAGUUUGAUCUUGCAGUAAUUACACUGCUCUUUGGCUGUUGAUGUGGCAUUUGAUUGGCUUCUUGUUUCACUUCAUUAAUGUAAACAAACUCGUGCGUACUUUGGUAAAUUGUGGGUUAACAAUGCCAGGGACCAGCUUAGUGAGACUGGUUUCCAGGAUUGCCAGUGUUAGGUUUUGUGAAGCCAGAAAGCUCAAAGAAAGCCAGAGUGAGGUGAGCUUGCUUUGUGAUUCAGGCCCCUGGUGUGUUAGUUCCUGUGGCCCCUUAGGCUUCACACAAACACACACACACACACACACACACACACACACACACACACACACACACACACACACACACACCAACCCACUGUGGUACAAAGCUUCAAUGAAAGAUUCCCUCCCUGCCUCCCUCCCCUCCUCUUCAGUCUUCUUCCUGCCAACAGUGUUUUUAUUCUGACGCUUCGAUAGCUUUAAUACUUCGCUCCGUUCUUCUGUUGCCUGCCUGGCUCAAUGACAUGUACACACUCCCUCUGCCCUUACUGUAAACGCCGUCUGAGCACGGAAAAUAGCAUAAAAGAAAACCUGGAUCCCUGCCGCCUUAUGUGCCCUGCAGUAACCCCCCCCCCCCCCCCCCCCUCCUCCUGCCCUCACCUCUUCCCCUUCAUUUUCUCUAGGUGUGCCUCUGGCAACAGAACUUCAGGCCGUGAUUACUGAGAAUGAACUUUGCAACUGUGUGAGCGACGUUUGUGAAUCUGCGAGUGUGUUUGUCAGCGAUAGGAGAGAAUUUAAAAAAAAAAACACAACUUUCCUUCCUGUCCCCUUCUCUGUGCAUCGAUGUGGGAACUUUUAAGUCCUAGUUCAUGAACUUUGACCUUUGACCAGGCACUCAUUCAGUCCCUUUUGGUGGUGGAGAGGGGGAGUUGCGUGAGGACUCGAGAGAAGACCCACUGUCUAUCCACAGUCAAUGUUUUAUUUAUGGACCUCUGCACUUUUGGCUGUGAUGACUUCAGUACUUAAGUAGUUACCUGAACUGUAUUUUUAAGGAUUUUAUACAAUAUUUACAUGCAAUACAAUAUGAAUUGAUUUUUUUUUUUUUCUUUGCAAAACUUUGUUUGUUUCUUAUUUAAUUGUCUUUAUUUCAGCAUGUUUGGUCACUAUUAUUCACAAACAAACAUGCCCGUUGAAUCUAUUUUAGGCGUAAAAUGUUAUGGGGAUGUUCCUUGUAUGUUUUUGUGUAUCAUGAUUCUGAUGACAGCUGAACACCAAGAAGCAGGUGUUGGAAAAUGUUUGGUGGAUGAGCUAAACUUUAUCACCCUCUGCUUCCAGUACAAAUAACUGGACCAGAACGAGGACAUGAGGAGUCCACACUUCGGUUCAGGGAACUGAAAACUGUUGAGCUAAAAGUUUUAUUUUCUGUGUCAUGUUCAGUUAUGAUUUGUUUUGUUUUAUUUUUCUACUCAUUAAUAGAAGUCUGUACCCAAACAAAAACUGUCAUCUUCACAUAAUUUUAUUGUGUUAUGAUAGAGUGAGCCUGAAGAAACACACCAAUAGGAAACAAUAGAGUUGCGAAGUUGUGGAGCUGUUUUAAGCCAUUCAUUUUUCCUAUAGACAUCGUUAUGUGACAAUGUGAGCACUGUUACAGCUUGGAUCUGAAGUCCCGUCCAGGCUAGCCUCUUCCAUUAGCUUCUGUAACUCAGUGCAAUCUUUCAUUUAGCAUUUUUUUUUCAUCAAUCUUUCUGUGUUCCUGGAUAUUACUUUCCAUAUUCUCUUGCACUAGCCAUAAGAAACUGAAACUUUUGUCAUUUUAACAACAACAAUUAAACAAUUAUUUUUUGAGCACAGGAAAAACUGCUCUCAUUAAAAUAAACUACAAGCACAGCAGCGCUUGUAGUUACAUCAUUGUAACAUGGUUUUGUCCACGUUAUCUUUCCAUAAAACUCUCUUCUUAGGUGAUUUUCUCAUCUGUCUAGUUGUAAUCUUUGUUGUGUAAAACCUUCAGUGUUCAGUCCUCUCUGACCUGCUGUUAUCACAGGCAUGCAUAAGAAGAUAUCUGGUUAACUACAACUCCCAAGAGGCAAUUCGGCAAAAUUCUGCAGAUUAAAUCUGUUCACUUUUAAAUUUUUUGUCACUUUUAGAUGAAUUCAGUAACUAUGUUGCCUCGUUUUUAUCAACAACUGUGACAAGGAAUCAUUUUGAAUUCACUGCUGUUCUGACUCGCACACCCAACUCGUUUCUUCUCCAUGGCAGUGGGGGCUGAGGCUUGUGGGUAUUGUAGUAUUUUAGAGCCGUCCACUAUGCCUAAAAUAUAAAGAGAUAAAACAAGAUUUCUUUGAAACCAAGUCGAAAUAACUGAAAAGGUAGUCAUUAAAUAAACCUGUAUGGUGGUUAGAUUAUUCAGGAGAGUCCUGUGUUUCUGUUACGUAACACUGAGGAUGGUGAUGAAAGUAAAAAUUGAUAAUGGGAACACAGAAUGGAGAAAAACACUCCUUCCACUUCACAACUCUAUGAGCAGAUCUGUGGGAGUGGAGCAUUUCAGCUGCAACUAUAUUAUAUAUAAUAAGUGUAUAAUACAGCAAGGGUAGAAUAUCUACUGUGUGGAUCUUAAGAGGACAAGGAAAAAGCAAAAAUAUAGAGCAAAUGGUUUGUUGCAAAUAUGUGGAGGGGGGAGGGAGGGGGCAUGUGCAGACGGGGUGUUUCCUGUGUCAGUGGUCGUCAUAAUGUGUCUGUGACAAGGGGACAGGGUUGCCUGUAUUUAUAAAGGUUUUGAUUUUUUUUUUCUUUUUUGUUUAAACUGAGGCAUAAAAGGUGUUGGGGGGGGGUGGAGUCUGAAAUGUGUCCAUAUAUGUGGUCAAAGCUACAAACGUCGGGCAGAACAAAUGAACUGGAUGGCAGAAGAACAAUUUGGUAUUUUUAAAAAUAAAAACUUGGCAUUACAAUGCCACCAUGUGGCCAUAUGAUGCAAGUUGUUAACAAGGACAAAACAUGUUAUUUUAAUGUUAUUUUUUAUUUUGAAAUCAUAUUAUUAAUAAAGUCAUUAAGUACUGUU